AUUUCUUUCUCCGUAUUAAUAGUUGGGCAAGCAAUUUAUGCUUGUUCAUUCUACUUUUUAUGGGCUUCUUUUGACUGAGAUUUGAAAAUUCUGAGAUAAAACUACCGGAGAGAAAUUGAAGGGGUGGGGGGGAAAUUAGGGGAAACAAGCGUCGUCGGGUCAACAUGUCGAUUCAGUACGAAGAACCGCUGGCGGAUAGUUACGGGGUAGCAGACUCAUUCCCCAAAGAUUUUGGUUAUGGAGAAGAGGAGGCCGACAUUGAGGAUAGUUCAGCACCAUCAGAUAGCAAACCAAGAAUACUGCUCAUGGGUUUGCGAAGGAGUGGCAAAUCGUCAAUACAGAAGGUGGUGUUCCAUAAGAUGUCCCCCAAUGAGACACUGUUUCUGGAGAGCACCAACAAAAUAUACAAGGAUGACAUUUCUAGCAGCUCCUUCGUCAAUUUCCAGAUCUGGGAUUUCCCAGGUCAGGUGGACUUCUUUGACCCUACCUUUGAUUAUGAGAUGAUUUUCAGAGGGACUGGGGCAUUGAUCUUCGUCAUCGACGCUCAGGAUGACUAUGUGGAAGCUUUGAGCAGACUACACCUCACUGUGUCACGGGCCUACAGAGUCAACCCAGACAUCAACUUUGAGGUUUUCAUCCACAAAGUGGACGGCCUGUCAGACGACCACAAGAUUGAGACCCAGCGAGACAUUCAUCAGAGAGCUAACGAUGACUUGGCCGACGCUAGCCUUGAGAAGUUGCAUCUCAGCUUUUAUCUGACGAGUAUCUAUGAUCACUCCAUAUUUGAGGCUUUCAGCAAAGUGGUUCAGAAGCUCAUCCCACAGUUACCAACGCUGGAGAAUCUUCUCAAUAUCUUCAUAUCUAAUUCAGGCAUUGAGAAGGCCUUUCUCUUUGACGUGGUUAGUAAGAUUUACAUUGCCACCGACAGCUCGCCGGUGGACAUGCAGUCGUACGAAUUAUGUUGUGACAUGAUCGACGUGGUCAUCGACGUCUCCUGUAUUUACGGGCUGAAGGAGGAUGGGACCGGUAGUGCAUAUGAUAAAGAGUCUAUGGCCAUCAUUAAGCUUAACAACACCACGGUUCUCUAUCUGAAAGAGGUCACCAAGUUCCUCGCCCUCGUCUGCAUACUCAGAGAAGAAAGCUUCGAACGCAAAGGUUUAAUAGACUACAAUUUCCACUGUUUCCGGAAAGCCAUUCACGAAGUGUUUGAAGUGGGAAUGUCUACGGUGAGGACGGUCCCGAAUCCGGCCGGCACACCCUGCAUGCUGAAGACAGCCGCACUGAACGGAACGCCCCGAAGCACUGUGUAGAGAAGGAACGAAAGAGAGAGAGAGAGAGAGAGAGAGAGGAAAAAGAGAGCGUCGGAGUCGGUGGAAGAAGAGACGGACGGAUGGGGGGGGGGGAAAGGUUUCGGGAGGGGGAAGCAUGUUCGAACGGCAUUCGUAUUUUUGCUCUCAAGACCUUACGCGCAGAGCAAAGGAAAAAAGAACAAAAAAACCAAAACCUGAAGUCACUAAACUAAAGUAGCCACGACGGAGCAGAGGCUGGCUUGUCAAAUGAUGGGAGGAGAGAGAAGGGAGGCAAACUUGCGGGGCUAGGAACGGAAGGGAAGCGACACGAAAAGAGAGAGAGAGAAAGCAGCUGGAGAUCUCCUUUUGUGUGACUAAAAGGCAUUAAGUUACUACUCAAGGAAAAACAAAAGUUACAGGAAAAUGAAUAUGAAAAAAAAAAAAAAGGAGCGCGCGAGAGAGAGAGAGAGAGAGAGAAACGGCAAGCUGCUUUCGGGGGGAGAGAAGCAUUGCGGGGUCUCACCGUGAGAAACCAUCAGCUUGUGUGAAGCUCGUGCCCCUGGUGGAGCUCUGUGAACGCCGUCAGCCGUUUUACUCGUGAGCUGAAUUAAGAACAAAUAAGUGGUUUAGAAUUUAUCACACAGCAACGGCUGAUUCCGUGCGAUCGGAAAGUCUUUUUUUUUUCUUUUUUUUUUUUUCUUUGUGGUAACCAUUGAAAGACUUAGUCUGGAAAACAAAGCGUAUACAUGCACAUGUAAAGCCUCAUGUAGAAACAGCUUAUCUAAUUCAGGCUUUUUGCUCAUUUUACCCCCCCCCCCCCCCCGCCCACACACACACACAGACACAAACACACACACACCUCUCACUUCUUUUUUUUUUGUUUGUUCAGGCUUUGUUUAACGGUUUCCUGUCGAGUGAAAAGGGAUUGGAGCGUCGUUGUCUGAUGAGCGUGUUGCUGUCUUAAGUCUGUGAGUUUUUACCUGUGUUUGUAGGAGAGGCUGUUGAAUGGAAAUGGAUGUAUGUACAUGUGUGUGUGUGUGUGUGUGUGUGUGUGUGUGUGUGUGUGUGUGUGUGUGUUUGUGAAUAUAUGCCUUUGUGUGUGUGUGUCUGCAUGCGCCUCAUUCACAUACCAGGUAAGACCUGAGGCCCAGUAGUCUUGUGAGAUCUGGGCUCAUAUCAAGCAAGCAUCCCAGGAUAAGAAUACUGAUCUUGGAUCAGCUCCUCUUGGUCCAUGGAACUGUAUGUAUUACAAUAACAAAAGGCUUAAACUGAUCUCAGAACAGUGCUCCUAUUUUGAGAGGUUUGAUUAUAUGACCCCUGAAGUGCUGUUGGAAACAGAAAGAAAAGAGGGGGUGGUGGGGGAGAGAGAGAAAGUGAGAGUUGUCUGUUUAUCAUAUUCUAGUUUAACUACAAGCACUGUGAUAGGGUUUAUCUCCAUGAAUGUCAGGGAUUCAAAUAAACUCAAAUCAUAUUCAUAAACUGUGUAUUGUCCCAGACAAGCAGAGGUAAAAAAAAACACUGUUGACAUCCAAUGAAAUGCUGUUUACAGGAGUUUGGGGAUGUCUUAGCUCAGCACUCCUCACAGUUCACCCUGCGGUCACGUGAACACCAGUGCAGCUGAACCGAACUUCAGUCUUUCACCUCCUCCUCUCUGACCACCCAGAUCACUAUGGAAACAUCUGCCGGGAAACACAUUCAGUUGCAUUAGUGAUGACAUAAUUCAUACAGGAAUUCCAAACUUAAACCCAUUCCAAGCACGAGUUUAAAGUGUCACUUCACGUUGUCUCACGUAUCAGCACCAUGACAUCUUGUUUGUGGUAUUGUAGAGCAAGCUCUAACUCAGUAUCACUAUAAAUUAAAUAUGAGUGAUGUCUUGACCAACCUCUUCAGUUUAAUCAUUUUAAUCAUGAGAGCUGUUUUUUUUUUUCAAACCUGCCUGCAACUCUUUACUUCUCAACAUGUAUAACUGUAUAUCACUCAA